CUCUUUCAACUCUAUAAAAUGAAAAUUCAACUAUAGUUUAAAUUCAAAGAAACAAAAUGAAAAUGUGGAGAAAUAUUUUGAUUUUCAUCUUCAAUUUUUGUCUUCUAGCUAAUGCAAAAAAUGACAAUCAAAGAAAGUCAUAUAUUGUGUAUAUGGGAGAACUUCCAAAGGACACAAGGUUCUUACGUAGCAACCACAACAAUAUUCUCAAACAAACAAUUGGAUCAAAAUUUGGAUCGCUAGCACGAAAACCGAGGGUGCUACAUAGUUACGAAAAAAGUUUUAACGCGUUCAUGGCAAAAUUAUUGCCCGAAGAAGCAGACAUUCUAUCUCGUAGAGAAGAUGUUAUUUCAGUAUUUCCAAAUACAAUUCGACAACUUCGUACCACAAGAUCAUGGGAUUUUAUUGGCAUGCCAUUAAAUGUUACAAGAAAACAAGAAGUUGAAAGUGAUAUUAUUGUUGGUGUUAUUGAUACAGGUAUAUGGAUUGAAUCACCAAGUUUCAAUGAUGAAGGCUUUGGGCCUCCACCAGCCAAAUGGAAAGGCAAAUGUGACAAAGGUGUCAACUUCACUAAAUGUAACAACAAAGUGAUCGGAGCGCAAUACUUCAAUCUUCAAGGUGCGGGCGACAUUGACCGAAUCACACCAGCCGAUUUCGAAGGCCACGGGACCCACACGGCGUCCACGGUCAGUGGGAUACCCGUCCCGGGCACUAGCUUGUAUGGUCUAGGAGAAGGCACAGUGCGCGGAGGGGUCCCAUCCGCGCGCAUUGCCAUCUACAAAGCAUGUUGGUCCACGGGGUGCUCGGAUAGCGAUGUUUUAGCCGCGUUUGACGCGGCUAUCUCCGACGGGGUCGACUUAAUUUCGCUCUCCGUCGGAGGCUUAUCAGGCGAUUUUUUCCAGGAUUCUAUAGCUAUUGGUGCAUUUCAUGCCCUUAAAAAAGGGAUAUUAACAUCUUGUGCUGGUGGAAAUAGUGGGCCUGAAUUUGGAACUAUUGAAAAUGUAGCACCUUGGAUUUUCACAGUUGGUGCAACUAGCACGGAUAGAAAAUUAGAGACUGAUGGUAUGUUGGGCAAUGGAGUGGCUAUUUCUGGAAUUUCAAUCAACACAUUUGAACCAACUGAAAAAUGGUUUCCAUUAACCUCUGGAACUCUUGCAGAAGUAGAGAAUGCAAAUUAUCAUGGAAAUUCAAGUUCGUGCGAUUACGGGACUUUAGAGGAGAGCAAAGUGAAAGGGAAAAUAGUAUAUUGUCUUGGAAGUAAUCAACAAGAUUACUACAUCAAAGGAUUAAAAGGAAGUGGUACAAUUAUAUUAUCUGAUAAAAUGACAGAUGUUCCAUUUCUCACAUAUUUAUCAUCAACAAGUAUCAACAAUACAAAUGCUGCACUAGUUCAGAAGUACAUAAAUUCUACAAAAUCACCGCAAGCCGUGAUAUACAAAACAAGAACUGUGAACUCAAUUACUGCACCAUUUAUACCUUCUUUUUCAUCUAGAGGACCCCAAAAAGUCAGUCUCAACAUUCUCAAGCCUGAUAUAUCUGCACCUGGAUUGAGCAUUUUGGCUGCAUAUACAGAACUGAAUACUCUUAGUGGAGAUAAAUAUGAAGAUAAUAGAAUUGUAAAGUAUAUAUUUGAUUCAGGCACAUCCAUGGCCUGUCCACAUGUUGCUGCUGCAGCUGCCUAUGUCAAAUCCUUCCAUCUCGAUUGGUCUCCUGCAGCUAUCAAAUCAGCUCUGAUGACAACUGCCAAACCUAUGAAGAUUAGACCAGUGGGAGCUGAAUUAGCCUCAGGAUCAGGACAAAUAAAUCCAAGAAAAGCACUUAAUCCUGGUUUAAUAUAUGAUCUUGAUAUUAACUCAUAUAUAAGUUAUCUUUGCAAAGAAGGCUAUAACAGUACAAACAUUGCUUUACUUACUGGAAAUAGAAAGUACAACUGUUCAACCAUACCAAAAGCAAAAGGAGUAGAUGGACUAAAUUACCCCUCGAUGCACUUACAACUUCAACAUGCAAAUGAAAGUGACAUUUCUGCAGUAUUUUAUAGAACUGUAACAUAUGUUGGGAAUGGCAAAGCUGUGUACAAAGCAAAAGUUAGAGGACCAAAGUGUCUUUCUAUUAAUGUUGUGCCAAAUAUUUUGUCAUUUAGUAAAAUAAAUGAGAAAAAAUCAUUUAGAGUUGAGUUAAAGGGAAAGUUUGUUAGUAAAAAAACUUGGGUUAUUUCUAGUUCUUUAGUUUGGGGUGGGAAAAAACCUUAUGUUAAAAGUCCUAUCUUAGUUUAUAGGCCAUUAUUGAAUGAUAUGUAUUAAAAGUAUAUUUUGUUCAAUAAAAUAAUAGAAUUUACUUUCA